AUGUCGCAAUAUACAGGCACUAAGAGAAUACUACGCAACCCACUUUUAACUAAUGCCUCAAAAUGGCUCAAUGACGUGCCAAAAAAACAUCACAGCAAAUUUCUCCAAAGCGGGGUUUACAACCGCAAUGCGCUUGAUUGCAACCCAUAUGUCCAAUCUUUAAUCAAAGUGGAUGCCAAUUCAGGUGCUACGGUCCUACCGGUGGGAAACGCAAUACGACUUACAGCAGCAGUGGAUGAUACUGCAAGUAAAAAGUCACAGGUUACACUACAUCCAAGUUUGCAUUUGGAAAACAAGCCCAGCCGCUUGAUCAGUAACAGCAAAGCAUACAUGGAAUUAGUUCAAGGGAAUUCAAGACUUGCACAUGCACAUAGGCCAAUGCAAUUGGACAAGCUGUUUUUACCACUGAAGUUCAAAGUUGAUUUCGUGGAGAAUAUGGGUGACGUGAUCGAGAGGCUGUAUAGAGAAAGGAUUGAGUCAUUGUUGAGCAGCAUCCAAAAAGAUGAGAUGGGGACAGACGGCAUCCAUCUAAUCGAAAUGGAUGGAGUUAGUCGAUGGGAGGAUGGAAGGUUGAAAGUCAACAAGGGCUUGGUUGGGUUGACAGAUGACACAUUUAUCUCAUUUAGAAACAAUCCGGAACUCGCACGAAUCAUCGUUGCCUUCUGCGAUUACAAAAGUUGUUGA